AUGGCGGAGAGCGGCGGCGUCGUGGAGGGAGAUGACGGAGAGCUGCUGGCGUCGGGGAGGGAGAUGGCGGCGUCGUCGGGAAGGCGGCAGGCGGCGGCGGCAGUGGAGAGUGAGGGCGGCGACAGGGAGAGUCAGGGAGUGAGGGAGGUCUCGACGUCUCGGCCUCGCGAUGCAGAGGAAUGGCAGAUCGAUUUAGGAAUUAGGCGGAUUAGGGUUAGGGACUUAGGGUGGGUGGAACGUGGAGCGGCGUCGUUUUUACUAGGUGAUUGA